UAUUUCAUAUUUUCUGUAAUUCGCCGUCAUUUGUGCUAAAAAUCUGAAAACCUAUUUUGCUAGUGCUAGUGCAUUUGUUAUUGUGUAUAAUGUGAAAUGUCUCUGAAAACCCGUGAAGCUCUGAAUCUGAUGAUCUUGCGAUACUCUUCUUAGGCGGUGACAGCAGCGCCGUCUGUGAUUUCUAUUGCUGUUCACAUUUUGUGGCGGUAAUUUGUUGAUAACCAUGCCACCACCCGAUAAGAAGGCGAAGAACAAAAACUUCAUUCAAUCAUACCUCAAUACUCUGACCCAGCAGGAAGAACAGCAGACUGCAACAGUCUUAGCUACUGUCAACAAUGCAGCGGAAGAGGAACCAGAUACUGGGGUCACAUACUUCGUGGACGAAGAGGGCCGCUACUACUACCAGCCGGCUGGGGACAACCAGAAUCUAGUGUCCCUUCCUACGGACGUUGCUGAUGAAAAUGAGGCUAUGACGACUGAUGACCCGAUGAUGGUGGAGGCGGACACCUACCAGACUGUGACACUGGUUCCAUCAGACAACGGCCAGGGUGAGGUCAGCUACGUCCUGGUUGUGCAAGAAGAAAACAAGCCUGUUGUCAACAUCAACAUCAAGGAUGAGAAGACCACAGAUGACGUGUAUAACUUUGAGGACGAAGAGGAAGAGGCUGGUGACGAGGUGACGGACGAGGAGGACGAGGCCACGCAGAAGAUCAAGCCGCCAGUGCAGGUGAAGCGCGGCAAGUAUAUGCGCCCGCACUUCCCCUGCAAUUUCUGCUCCUACACCAGCCAUCGCCGGUACUUGUUGCUGCGGCAUAUGAAGUCGCACUCGGAGGACCGGCCUCACAAGUGCCAAGUGUGCGAGCGUGGGUUCAAGACCGUCGCCUCGCUACAGAACCACGUCAACAUGCACAACGGCGUCAAACCGCACAUCUGCAAGUACUGCAACAGCCCCUUCACCACUUCAGGCGAGUUGGUAAGACAUGUACGGUACAAGCAUACGCAUGAGAAGCCGCAUCGCUGCACGGAAUGCGACUACGCCUCCGUCGAGUUGUCGAAGCUUCGUAGACACGUCCGCUGCCACACUGGAGAGCGCCCGUACCAGUGCCCGCACUGCACGUACGCAUCCCCGGACACGUUCAAACUGAAGCGACAUCUACGCACGCACACCGGAGAGAAGCCAUACAAAUGUGAACACUGCAACAUGUGCUUCACACAGUCCAACUCACUCAAAUCGCAUAAACUCAUACACAACGUGUCGGAGAAGCCGGUGUACGCGUGCGAGCUUUGCCCGGCCAAAUGCGGACGCAAGACAGACCUGCGCAUCCACAUUCAGAAGCUGCACACUUCAGACAAGCCACUCAAGUGCAAGCGCUGCGGGAAGUCGUUCCCCGACCGGUACUCCUGCAAGAUUCACAACAAGACGCACGAAGGCGAGAAGUGUUUCAAGUGCGAGCUGUGCCCGUAUGCUUCGACCACGUUGCGGCACCUGAAGUCUCACAUGCUCAAACAUACGGACGAGAAGCCCUUCGCCUGCGACCAGUGCGAUCAGUCCUUCAGGCAAAAGCAACUGCUCAGGCGGCAUCAAAAUCUCUACCACAAUCCGGAUUAUGUGGCCAAGCCACCAAAGGAGAAGACCCAUACGUGUCACGAAUGCCAGCGCUCAUUCGCCCGUAAAGGCAACCUGAUCAGGCACUUGGCCAUACACGACCCGGAGUCGGGCCACCGGGAGCGCGCGCUGGCCCUCAGGAUGGGCCGCCAGAAGAAGGUCAAAUACGUCGACGGGACUAUGAAGUUGCAAGUGUUGGAAGGCGACGAAGAAGAGUCAGACAUCGUGAAGCUGGGCAUGACGACGAACGAGCUGCGACGCGGCGAGCUGGUGACUGUGGCAGAUGGCAACGGCCAGCAGUACGUGGUGCUGGAGGUGAUCCAGCUGGAGGACGGGACGGAGCAGCACGUCGCCGUCGUCGCCCCGGACUACGUCGAGGAACAAGAAGAAGAAGACGAAGAAGAAGAGGAGGAGGAGGAAGAAGAGGAAGUACAGGAGGUGACUGACAAGAAACAGAAGCAGGGAACCGUCAAACUUGAGAAGGAAGUCGACAGCUGCUUCGGUUUUGAUGAAGAAGAUGCUGAGGAUGCUGAGGCUGGUACUGAAAAGUAUGUAUUUGAGAUAGUCUAGCCCAGGAUUGGUUGCUUAACCGAGUGCGAGACGGCCGUGCGCUCCUUACUCUUUUAAAGCAACCACCGUGUCUGUUCCGUUCAACUGCACUACGUACAAUAUCGCCAACACCUACCGUGGAGUAAUAGGGAUCCCGCAACAGUAACAUGGACUUAGCUGUGGAUGAUCUGCAGAAUUACAGAGAGUUGUUGAAGCUGCCUGAAAAUCUGAACACUUGUAUGUUCCAACUAGUUGACACCCAGAUUUGUGGUAAGACAUGUCACAUGUGGAAGAUUGUGACGUGGGUUGAGUUUACAGCAAGAGCGAGUCAACCUGUGAAACCUUGUUGGUGAUUUCCUCCAGCUUGGCUUCAGGAGAAACUUACGAGACGACGCGGCAUGUCCUCGCGUAAAAUACUUGUGGAUAUGCUUCAGUUGUGCAUAAGCAAAAUGUACAAUGUAAGGAGACAACUACUCAAAAAGUAAUGCAGAUAUAGCAGUUAGUCGAUGUUGCAAUAAGACUCUUUAACCAGCUGGAAAGUCAUACACUUGAAAUAUACGUAAGACUAAUGAAAAUAAACAUGUAAUGUGGAAAGAAAUGUUGACUGAGUCUUAGUGCUGAGUUUCUAGUUUCUUAUGACAGUGCAUUAUUCUACAGACAUACUUUAUAUAUAGAAUGUGUAAUGUAAAGUGAAUGGGACAGAAUAUAAUGUAGCGAGAGCACGAAAAGGUAUCUAAGCAACGGACAAAAUGAACAAUCAUGGCAGGAAGUGAUUUAUUGUAAAUAGUAGUCUAGGUGUUUAUUUAAUAUACUUAGUGUUAUGUGUUUGAAGUUCUAUACGAAGAUUGGUAUUUUAUUACUACUACAUUAUCGACAAUUUCAAAUAUUCACCAAUGGUUAAUCUACUCGAUGUAUAUUUUAGUGAAAUAUAUAUAUUAUGUUUGCUUGAGACCGGUCUCGCAUCAUAAUUAAGACUUAUUUUAAUUCAUGAAUUAUAAGCGCAAAAUUAAGUGUAUAUAAGUAUGUUUUCAUGUAACUAUGCAUAUACAUAUAAACUUCGAAUGGACAUGUAAAAUACUGAAAUUUCGACUUGAAUAUAGUGACCAAGAUGAUCUUCAUUGUAUAUUUUUACUUAAUAAUAUGAUACUUAAAAUUCAUUUAGGAUAGUUCCCUAUUGAAAUCGACAAAUACCGCCACAGGAAAAUGGAUAUAGAUUGCUACUUCCAAUAAAGGCUGUGUAUAAUUUAGAACAAUGUGUCUGGUAGCAGCAUCUACGUCGUCGACAUUGUUUGAUUGUAAAUGGUCCAAAUUACUUUCCAAAUAGCGGUAGAAUAACAAGUUUUCUGUAUUAAAAUGUAGUUCAUUCACUUAAUGGCAUUUCACACGGUCGCCUUAUCGUUCAUUGCUGGAUAUGUGGCCACUGCUAAUACUACAAUACGCUUUGUAAGAACACCAAACUCAAUUUAGAUAUAUUUUAUGUGUAGUUGCAGAUUUUUUAUAAUGCUGUUAAUGUUACUGUGUUUAUUGCAAAUGAAGUAGCUGCGAGCGAGAAUAUUACACAAAGUAUAUAUGUAUACAUAUAUAUAUGUAGUUGAUGUAUGCUUUUUCCCUGAGGCAGUAAACGUUACGCAUUAUCGAAUAUUUCAAUAUUCAAAACUUUAAUGUCUUAUUCGAUAAGGUAACUAUAAACAUGAUGGAAUUAUGAAUUGACUAAACCAGUAGAGUAGUGUUUAAAACUUAAAUUUGAUGUAGAAAAGAAUUAUGAUUAUUGUUUUUAAUUCAUAGUGUUAAUGAUAGGUCGAUAACAAUUUUGUAUGUAUCAAAUGAUUGUAUAUAUGUGAAGUGCAGGGGUCUGCGAUCAUAGCUUACUGGCAACAUUGUUAUUUGGAUUCUGGUAGUGAUGCGUGUACAAUAUUUAUUCAGUGGUGGUGGUGGUUGUGGUACAGUUGCCGAGGUCGGUCAUUGAUCUCACAGUCCACACGAGAGAAAAAUAUUGAGUCGACGCCGAUGAAGGGAUACUUUUAUCUCUACCUAGUAUAGAUCAAUGUUAGUAAGUAUUAUAUUGGUACUGAUUCCAGUACACACCUUCUAAUUUUAUUUUAAGUUAUAACUGUCAUUUUUUUAUUCUUAUCCGCCGAAAAAGAAAGGGACCGGUAAGCAGGCAUAAAAUUUAUGGAACACAUGUCUAUUUUAAGCAGAAGUUUAAAAAAGCCCUUCCAAAUUUUAUAUUGGCCAUUAAUCCGACGGAAUUGACUUGACAGCACACGUCAAUCGGAUUGCAUAUGAGCGAGAAGCCUAUUUUAUUCAUUUUAAAAUUAACAGUUGUCAAUCAUCCGUCCCUUUCGUUUUCGACGGAUAAGAAGAUGACAGGUAUAACAAUAAGAUUAGGUGUCUGCCGGAAUCGGGGCCAUUGUAUUUCAAUGUGUUACACUGUUUAUGGUAAUUAAUCAAUUAUUAUACCACUUUUCCAUUGUCUAUCGAUGUGUAUUGGUAUUAUUGCACGAUUAACUAAAGUACCCCAGUAAACCCUGAGCACAAUAUGUAUAUGUUUGACAUACUCUUCAAUGUUAUAAUAAUAUAUCUGUGGCAUGAAUUUUAUAAUAAAAAUGUCGUCGAAACAAUGUUUGAUGUAUAUUAUUGAAAUAUUUUAUAUUUACGUGCGUUGUAAAGAUCUCAUUCGUGAGUUUUAUUAUACAAAUGUAAGUUUACAAUUGUGUGAGGUACCUUACAAAUUUCCAUACAAAGUAUAAAACAUAUUUAUGCCAUUAAAGGUAGAGCACAUAAUGCAAAUCGAAAAAUAAUCAUAUUUGUUAUUGGGAAGAAUACUUUUGUGAACUUUCUAUUCACACUAUGGUAAUGUUAAGAUAUGUAGAUUGAGUCUCAAUCAUUAUAGACAACUGAAUUAAUUUUCUGCAUCGUACUAUUGUGUAGUUUAUUGUAUUCAAAGUAUCAUUGAAAUUGUAGCUAUCUUGUAUAAUGAAAUCAUUAACGAUACAUUGACAUUUUGUUCCUGUAUAAAUAAUUAUUACUGAUUUGUAAAUUUAAAAUUUUCUUCCGGAUUUUCUUUCAAGCAUUUUCAAAAUGAUGUAGAACUACAGUUCAUAGAAUUGUAGCUAUCCAUACCUCAUGGCCUAUGUUUAAAAUGUUGUUGCUUUCUUGCAAUUUUAAUAAGUGACACAUUCAGUUUGGCCUUGUAAUUGAAAAUGUUUCGGUUUAAGUUUUUUUUUUACUAUUUGUCAUUGUUGUAUUGUAUAGUUUAGAUAAAUAUGCAAUUGUAUAAAAAUCAGGAUAGACAUCUUAUGUAUGUUGCCACUUGAAAUCCAUAAUUCAUCGAUUAAAUGAGUUGAAUUGGAAAUAA